AUGAGUUCUUUAAAACAAAAAUACGGGAAUGUUAAGGGACGUUUGACUAGAGCACGUGAUUUCGUGAAUACAAUCACAGUUGAAAUUUCUCUGGAAAUGUUAGAAAUACGGUUUAAAAGCUUAAACGAGACUUGGUCAGAAUUUUGUGCGUUUUAUAAUGAAAUUCUGGAAGGCCUUAAGGAAGACAAUGAAGAACUACAAACUUACGAGACUGAAUUUGGCAUGUAUGAAUCGCGUUACUUUGAUGCUCAUGCGAUGUUGUCGGCAGCAAUUCGUAAAAAGCAAUCGACAUCAAGAUUGGAAGAUGAUGUUACGGUUGUUGAAAAGUUGGCAAUGCAACAAACCACGCUGAUUGAAAAACUUAACGCGACAUCGGAGCGGUGUACAAUUCAGCUUCCAAAGCUAGUCGUCCCACCGUUCUCAGGGGAUUAUAAAGAUUGGCCAUCGUUUAGAGAUUCCUUUACGGGAUCUGUUGAUCAAAAAGAAAACCUAACGGCUGUUCAAAAAUUUUAUUAUUUAAAAUCAUUUCUUCGUGAUCGCGCGCUAGACCUCAUCAAACACAUUCCUUUAUCCGAAGCAAACUAUUUUGAAGCAUGGGAACGUUUGGAACAUAGAUAUGAUCGGGUACAGCUCAUUGUUCAAUCGUUUAUCGAGACAUAUCUUUCUCUUCCCAAUGCAAUCGGUGGUAACGUGAAAGUACUUAGACAAAUCUCAGACACUGCAGAUGAGGUAAUACGUGGACUUAAUGCCGUUAAUUCUAAUGGCCGUGAUCCAUGGCUUAUUCAUUUGCUCUUAACUAAACUAGAUGUUGACACUAAACAAAGUUGGGCAGAAAAGAUUGGUACACGUGAUGAUGCUAGUAUUGAUGAAUUUUUGACAUUUUUGGAAACGCGAUGUACUGCUCUAGAAUCAUGUCAAACGGUGGCAUCACGCUCAAGUGUUUCACGAAAUAAACAACAGCCUAAUAUACGUUCGCAUUUUGUUGAAUCUUCUCAUUCAAAACCCGUAUGGCAAUGUCCUAAAUGUCAAGAGCAACACAACUUGCCACAGUGUCCAAAAUUUGUCGCUCUUGAUGCUGAAUCCCGUCGGUCUUUUGUAAAAUCGAACUCUUUGUGCUUUAAUUGCCUUCGUCCUGGACAUGGGGUAUAUAAGUGCCACUCUAACUUUCGCUGUCGCGAAUGCCGGUCGCGUCACCAUUCACUUGUUCAUCCGUCGUCGUCGUCACAAAAUAGUUCCUCCUCUUCAUCGCAACCACAAAUCGCGUCGCACAAAUCCACUCCAGAGCAAGCUUCUUCCUCAUCUGUUGCACCAAUUAUAAACAACCACUCGUUAGAUGUAGCAAUCAGUAGACAAACCAUUCUUCCAACAAUCUUGGCUCUGGUAGAAGAUUUCAAAGGGAAUUUGCAAAAUUGUAGGAUCCUAGUCGAUUCAGGAUCUCAGGUUUCAUUUGUGGGUGAAUCAUUUGUUCAGAGGUUAGGAAUUCCACGCAAACAUGCUCGUAUCCCUAUAAGUGGGGUUUCUUCUUCGGAUGCAGGCUAUACGAAAGGUGUUGUGUCAUUGACAUUAAUUUCUCGAUUUGAUAAAACUUCUUUGGUCAUUGACGCAUAUGUAAUGCCUAAAGUAACCUCUAACUUGCCUUCUCGAUCGUUCGAUCCAUCUCGGUUGCUUCAUAUUCGUGGCUUGGAAUUAGCAGAUCCAUCGUUCAAUUCGUCCGGUUCAAUCGACAUUCUUCUUGGAGCAGAUAAGCUGUGGAGUAUUCUCAAGGGGGAUCAAAUUCGAGGAGCAGAGGGGGCUCCUAUAGCCCAACAUACGUCGUUUGGUUGGGUUAUAACAGGGGAGUUAUUCGAGGCGGCUUCACCAUCGGUGAAUCAAUCUUUAAUCACUUCACUUCACUCUUCGCUUGAUAUAGAUUUUCUGUUGAAACGUUUUUGGGAGUUAGAGGAAGUUGUGCCUCUUAAAGAUAAUUGCUUUGAUGAGGAUGAAGCUGAAAUUCAUUUUCGUAACACAUUUUCGAGAUCAAUCGACGGAAAGUACUCCGUACAGCUCCCGUUCAAAUCUCCUUUUCCCGUUUUUGGCGAUUCGUUAAAGCUCGCGGUUAAUCGGUUAUAUUCUAUGGAAAAAAGGUUUCAUCGAGAUAAAGCACUGCACAAUUCAUACUCAAACUUUAUGCAAGAAUAUCUUAAUCUUGGCCAUAUGACUCGUAUUCCUUCAAAUGAGAUUCAUACAGCUCAAGGAAAACACUUUUACCUGCCUCAUCACGCGGUUUUAAAACCCGAUAGUUCCACAACCAAGUUAAGGGUUGUAUUCGAUGGGUCAGCUAGGGAUUCAUUCGGAAAUUCACUAAAUAGUCAAUUGCUUAUUGGUCCUCCCAUUCAAAGGGACUUGUUUGGGGUUUGCUUACGUUUUAGACAGCAUAAAUACGUUUUCACGGCGGAUGUGGUAAAGAUGUUUCGCCAAAUCUGGGUAGAAGACGAGCACACAGACUUCCAGCGGAUUGUUUGGCGGGAGAAUCCCAACGAUGAAAUCGGACAUUUUCGGCUUCGGACGGUUACGUAUGGUACGGCAUCGGCUCCAUUUCUCUCCGUUCGUGUUUUAAAACAGAUAGCAAACGAUUACAAGGAACAAUAUCCAAAUGCAGCUCGUGUUCUUACUACAGACGUAUACGUUGACGACAUCAUGACUGGAGCCAAUUCAUCGGAGGAGCUGAUGAGUUUGCAAUCUGAAUUAGUGUCUCUACUGUCUAACGCCAAGCUUGAGUUAAGAAAAUGGAACUCUAACUGCUGGCCACUACUUGCUAGAUUACCUAGGGAUGAUUGUGAGUUUUCCUGGUUCGAUGCCGAUCCUUCAAAAACAACGAUAAAGGUUUUGGGUUUGCACUGGAGCCCCACAUCAGAUGAAUUUUCGUUUCGCUUUUCUAAUUCUCGUAUCGUUUGCCCACCAACAAGACGUUCGCUUUUGUCAGAAAUCUCUAGCAUUUUUGACCCUUUAGGAUUCUUAGCUCCAUCGGUUAUUUUGUUUAAAAUAUUAUUCCAGGAAUUAUGGUCGUCUGAACUUAAACUUGGGUGGGAUGAUCCCUUACCAAUACAAUUAUCCAACAAAUGGUUGACCUAUCGAAACGAACUACAUUUCUUCGAAAAGCUACGUAUUCCGAGAAACGCAUUCCCAUCAUUUGAAAGUGUCGAAUAUCAUGGAUUCUCUGAUGCCUCGUCGGUGGCUUAUUCUGCUGUUGUUUAUGCGCGUUGUAAAAUUUCUGAAAGUGAAUAUAAAACCAUAUUAAUAGCGUCCAAAACCAAAGUCGCUCCCUUAAAACCUGUAUCGAUUCCUCGACUUGAGCUAUGCGCUGCUCUUCUUCUUUCGCGGUUGCUGAAAAUGAUAAGAACUUCGAUUUCAAUAGACUGUCCUUUCUUUGCGUGGUGUGAUUCUCAGGUUGUACUUCAUUGGUUGUCCUCACCUCCGCGUCGUUGGACUACAUUCGUCGCGAAUCGUACAGCUGCAAUCCUUGAAACUAUCCCUCGUCAUGCUUGGAACUACAUCGCAUCCGAAUCAAACCCUGCAGAUUGUGCCUCGCGUGGUAUUUUGCCAUCAGGAGUAACAGAUCAUCCAUUGUGGUGGAGUGGUCCAAACUGGUUGUCGCUGCCUCAAGACCUCUGGCCAAAAUCAAAUUUUCCAGCAAAACAGUCAACUGAGAACGACAUCUUCGUAGAGGAAAAACAAUCAUCAAAGGCUGUAGCUCUUGCAGCCAACACUGAUAGUAGCUGGGUGAUUCUGUUAGCUGAACGCGUUUCGUCAUGGAACCGCCUCAUUCGAGUUGUUGCGACGUGUAUUAGAUAUUCUACAAACUUGAGACCUACAAAAUUUGAGAAGCGAUUUGACAGUCUUACCUUUAAGGAGAUUCACUUCGCUAGAAUUAGUGUUCUUAAAAAUAUACAGGAAGAUUCGUUCGGGAGUGACAUUAAAUAUUUGAUAAAAAACCAUGAACUUCCCGUGAAAUCAAAACUAUUACGGUAUUCACCCUUUAUUGAUAAAGACGGCCUUCUUAGGGUGGGAGGGCGCCUCAAACAUGCUUAUAUUUCGUUUAAUUUAAAACACCCAAUAAUUUUGCCUAAUAACCGUGUUUCGUUCCUUAUAGCAGAAGACAUUCAUAAUAAUCAUCUUCAUCCUGGUUUAUCGGAAACCUUCGUUAUAGUUCGUCAAAGGUAUUGGAUAUUAGGAAGUCGAAACCUUAUCCGAAAAAUAGUAUCUAGGUGCAAAACUUGUUUCCUGCAAGGUAAAUCCACAUCCCAGCAGCUCAUGGGCGAGUUGCCAUCGCAUCGUGUACAACCUGCUAGGCCCUUUACAAAUACUGGAUGUGAUUAUGCUGGGCCAUUCGUAAUAAAGCUGUCCAAGGGUCGUAAAUCAAAACUAUCCAAAGCCUAUUUUGCAAUCUUUGUGUGCAUGUCAACUAAAGCAAUUCAUUUGGAGUUGGUAAGUGACUUAACAACCGACGCAUUUUUAGCUGCCUUUAAGCGAUUUGUGUCCCGUCGAGGAAAAUGUGCAAACAUGUAUAGCGACAAUGGCACAAACUUUCAAGGCGCACGUCGCUGUCUUAACGAGAUGCAGAAGUUGGUCGUUUCACAAGCCCACAAUGAGGAGAUUGCCUCUCGACUUGCUAUGGACGGUACUGCAUGGCACUUUAUCCCUCCCUCAGCGCCCCACUUUGGUGGGUUAUGGGAAGCAGGCGUUAAGUCUGUCAAGUUGCAUUUACGUAGAGUUGUUGGAUCUUCUAUUUUAACGUUUGAAGAACUUUAUACUGUUUUAACACAAAUAGAAUCUAUUUUGAAUUCGCGUCCUAUUUGUGUUAUUUCCGAUAACGAUUUAAAUCCAUUAACUCCCGCACAUUUUCUUAUAGGAGAACCCCUCACUGCUGUUCCGGAACCGAGUUAUCUGGAUAUCCCUACCAAUCGUUUGUCUCACUGGCAGCAUCUCCAGAGUAUGGUCCAAGGAUUCUGGAAAAGAUGGCACGCGGAGUACAUAACAUCACUCCAAGAAAGACCCAAAUGGCAAAGGAAGGAACUAAAUUUGAAUAUAGGUGACCUUGUCAUUAUACGCGAACCUAAUUUGCCCCCAACAAGGUGGAUACUUGGAAGGAUAGCAGCCGUACAUCCAGGCUCUGAUGACCAGAUACGUGUAGUCACAGUCAAGACUGCAAAUGGAACAUAUCUGCGACCAAUUACAAAACUAGCUCCUUUACCGAAGUCCUGA